AUGUCACACACAAACAAAGGCAGUCCUCUGCUGGAGGACUUUUCCGAGUCGAUCUACAAUGCCGAGGCAUCUGAGAGCUCCUGUUUCACGGUAAUCCAUCCUGAAGACCAGAGAAAAUGGGCUCAGUAUCUAGAGUCGCACCAUCAGAUCAAGUGUGUGACAUUCUACGGAGACGAGAAUCUCGACCUCACCAUUAUUGCAAGUGGUUAUGUUCGAUCAGAGCGUUACUGCCGAUACUCGGAUGAGCAAGAUCGUGAAGAGGACAAACAAGCGUUCGUCAUCUCCAUGGAACGUCUGGCAGGAAUUUCGAGCCAUUGGGAGCUUCUUUUGAACGGCCUCGUCGGAGUCGUAGACACCGGCGGCAUUCAGAUCAUCAGCCUGCCCGUGGUAUCAGCUGAGGUUUUCUCCAUAAUUCUAUCCGUGGCUCAUGAAUUAUACGAUGAUGUGCCCGAGGAGCUUGAGUUAGGUGCUCUCACUUUGUUAGCGAAGGCGAGUAUCCAGUACUCGCUUUUGACAGUCUUGCGCCCUUGGGUCGGCAACUGGCUGGCUUGCCUUGGAGUUAGACAGGGCUACCUCCCAAGAGAUUCCGACGAGCAGAUGGACUUCGUCACCAUAUACCGCUGGAUUUGGGUCGCGUAUGCCUUUGGCCUUCCUGAUGUGAUUUUCUGA